AUGGCUUCGCGAGGUGCUCCACGUUCGUCAAUACUUUAUCAGAACACAGAUCGCGACAUCACGCUUGUGGACAUUCCUACCUCAAUCGCCGUUGCCCAAGAUCGCUCAGCUACGCUUCUGUCAACCGCACCGCUGAAAGCACCCAUCGAGCCCAAGGAAGACUAUCAGCCCAAAUCCCAGAAAGCGAAAGCAAACACAGCGCACGAACACGCCGAUGGAGCGCAACAUGCCGAGUACAAGUCCUUGAUCGAGCAAGCACUCGGCCAUAUCCGCACGCAUGUUUCACGACAGUGGUGUGAACCACGUAUACUGCUGCAUGCGAAGUCGCAGGAAGCCAUGGAGAUUGAUGAUCCAGAGAAGCAGCUUGAGUCCCGCUUGAGACAGUGGGCUGCAUGUAAAGAAAGCAAGGGAGAUGACGCUGCGUUUGACAUACAGAAGAUGAUGGCGUCCCUCGGUGCAACAUGCGAACACGAUGCGACCGCGGGAAAACAAGUCACACAAGGCUGGGUAACGUCGUACCGGCCUGCACGUGAGGCCAUGUCUGGUGCGCAGGUCGCUGAAACGGUCGCUCGGGAUGAGCCGAAAGAGCCAUGGACAUCGAGCUUCCACAAUCCAGAAGUCUUUUCCUUGGACAUGUCCAUUACUGAACACGGUGUGCACGAUACUCAGCUGGGCCCAGAGUACCGUUUCACAAUCCCACCUCGCUCCACUUUCUUCCUGAGCGAUUCCACACACUCGGAUGCCUUUCGUGCUUCGUUUCGUGAGCUCACGGACGAGUACACCCUUCCACGACACUUUGAUCUCGUAUUAUUGGACCCGCCGUGGCCCAACCGCUCAGCGAAGCGCAAGGGCGCAUACGAGCAGGUUGGCGGUAUGCCGUACCUCAAAAGGAUGCUGCUGAGGAUGGACCUUGACAACUACCUGGAACACAAUGCUCUAGUCGGUGUCUGGAUCACAAACAAGGAGGCAUUGAGAGAACACGUGUUAGGACCCGGUGGGCUCUUCGAAACGUGGAAUGUAGGACUCAUUGAGGAGUGGAUUUGGAUCAAGACGACCACAAAGGGUGAACCCAUGUUCGACAUUGACACGGUGUUGAGGAAGCCUUAUGAGAUCCUCCUCCUUGGCAGAGCCGCACCCAACUCAUGGACGACCAUGACGCAUGCGCCGACUAUUAAGCGUAGAGUCAUUGCUGCUGUACCAGAUAUGCACUCUCGGAAACCUUGUCUGAAGAAACUGUUAGAGCUGUACAUGCCGGACCCAACGGACUACAGCGCACUGGAGGUUUUCUCCCGGUACCUUGUUUCCGGGUGGACAUCCUGGGGUAACGAAGUAAUAAAGUACAACUGGGAUUUCUACUGGUCAUCGGGGACAAGCCAUGAGGCAUCCACUGAGCACAGUCUACCACUACGAAUGGCAUAA